GAAGAAGAACUCACUCAAAUUUAUAAAACACAGAGAAGAAACAAAAAUGGCCGCAGAAGGAGAAGUUAUCGCUGUCCACAGCGUCGCAGAAUGGACCGAGAAGCUCAAAGCCGCCAACGAAUCCAAGAAACUGAUUGUGAUAGACUUCACUGCAAGGUGGUGCCCACCUUGCCGUACCUUUGCACCCAUCUUCGAUGAGUUGGCCAAGAAGAACCUUGACGUAGUGUUCAUCAAGGUCGAUGUAGACGAAGACGACUUGAACACUGUUGCUGAGGAGUUUAAAGUUCAGGCAAUGCCAACGAUUAUUUUCAUGAAAGAAGGAGAGGUCAAGGAUACCGUGGUUGGUGAUAAGAGAGGUGAAAUCAUUGCCAAGAUCGAGAAGUACAAGACCGUUGCUGCAGCUUGAUUCGCUUCCUCUCUACCUAUUUUGUUAAUAUGUUUAGUGUUUUAAUAAAUCCUUGUUAGCCGG